AACAGUCUGUAUUUUCGCAAUGGUGAUUGUAAGGAUGCAGGUCCCUAUUGCUCAUAUGCAAUCUAUUUGGGCACCUUGACUACAAUGAUGAGAAGCAAUCAGAUGCAUAUAUUAAAUUUCAAAAUGACGCUAUCCUAUCCGACCACUCUUGGCAUCUUUAUUAACCUUCGAACGGUACCGUCGAAAGGAUAUAUAAAGAGACCGGAGAAUAGUAAUGAACCUUGACAAGAUCAUCUUCAUUAAUCCCCCUAUUUCAGCUCCGCAUCCGUUCAUCUCCCACUUCCAUCCCACCCCCUUUAUUCUUUUCGCUAUGCAAUUAACCAAGUCUUUUGCUCUUUUGGCUACCUUGUUGACCGUUGUCGCUGGAGCAGCGGUUCCAGCCACAACGAAUGGAACAACGACCACAUUUGAUGGUCGCUCGUUCGUCAAUAAAGGAUUGGUCGGAUUCGGUCGUAUCAAUGCUUCUUCCGUUGAUUCUUAUGGUGAAACGUUGGGCGGUCUAGGAAGUUCAAUCUUUGUGGAAAGUCUCAAAGCAUCAAAAGAUGGCAAAUAUACCGGUACAAUUCGUUUGAACCCUGACAGAGGUCAUAACACAGUGGCAACGACCGAUUACCGUGCACGUACGCAUACAUUCACCUUUACCUUUGAUCCUACCACUGGAAAUGCCACAACGGAAAACAUUGCAUUGAAAUAUCAAUUUUCUACUUUAUACCACACCCAAGAUGCAUUCAACUUCACUACCGGCUUGGACCCGACCUCUAGUCGACCAGCCAACUUCUUUAACCCUGCUCUUCCUAUUGCACCUUCCGAUAACCAUGUCGCAUUCGAUCAGGAAGGUUGGGCUCCAAGCAAUGUUCCAACGCUUUCGUUCAUCUCUGAUGAAUAUGGUCCUUACAUUUACACUAUUCAAGAACAAAGCGGUCUAGCUGUUGCUGCUACUGCUCCUCCAAAAGCUGUGUUGCCUUUCAUCAAUGGUCAGUUGAACUUCACAUCCCAAGUCAAUCCAGACACAGGUCGUGCUCCUAACCAAGGAUUCGAAGGUUUGACGUUUGAUCGUAAAACGUCUACACUAUGGGCUUUAUUGCAAAGUGCUACCAUCCAAGAUUCUGAUAAUGGAAGCAAGACGAGUAACAGAUAUACCCGCUUGUUUGGAUUCGAUGCAAGGAACCCAUUGAAGCUUUCCCUCAAAAGCGAGUACGUCGUUCCACUACCUCAAAACCCAAAGAGUGGAAAGACAUUCGCUCAAUCCGAAUUACACAUCGUUGACGCAAACACUUUCCUCGUUCUUGCUCGUGAUGGAAACGGAUACGGUGACACAAACACAAAGUCGGUAUACAAAUCUGCUGAUUUGUUCUCGAUCAAAGGCGCAACCAAUAUCGCAAAUACCAAAUACGAUGAUCCUGCUAAUCCAAUCACCACGAACAAAGGAGCAGCACUCAUUGCCGAUAUCACACCCGUUCAAUAUCAACAGUUCGUCAGCUUGAUCGAUCCUACUAACUUGGCAAAGUUCGGCUUACACAACGAUGGUGCGAUCGAUCGUAAUUUGAUCGCUUCUAAACUCGAAAGUUUAGCCGUUGCAAAUGCCGUUGAAUCGGGUGAUCAAUUCUUGUUUGUUGUUUCAGAUAAUGAUUUCAUUACUGCAAACGGACAUCAAGCCGCACAACAACCAAACGGACAAUAUGUCGUCGAACCUUAUGCAGAUGAAUAUGCUGUCACAAACAAGGUUGACGGUGAUACGCAAGUCUUUAUUUACCGUGUAUCUUUGCCUGGCUAUGAUCAAGGCUCUCAACCUAACUAAAUAUCCUUCCAACCUUGUAUUGAUCUGCAAAUUGCAACUUAUGAAG